AUGUCAUAUCAGUCGGCCGUACAAGACAUUGAGCAGGAGAAGAAAUUAGUAGCGGCCUUGAAACGGUUGUCUAUUGGGAAUCUCAUGAACUAUGACCCGGACUUACCUAAUUUAGACACGGAAGAAUUACUUGAAACAGUCAAUAUCAAUACUUCUCCCACUAGUUCAACUCCAUCACCCAUUUCGUCAUCUCCGAGUCCUACACCUCCUCCAGCCACUAGCAAUAAUAAUACUUCCAAUAAUACUAUAACCACAGGUAGUACUAUCACUUCAACUACCACUAGUACCAAUCCAAAUUCUACGACUUCUACUCAACCAGCAGAUAUAAGACGAAAUAAAUCACUCUCUCGUCAAGCUUCACUAAAACGUAAAGAAUCUACUAAAUCAAUUAAAGAUACAAUCAGUGUAGAUUCUUAUGAUGAAUAUUAUGAUGCCUCAUCCGAUUCAUCAGAAAUUAGUCAACUUUUAUGGGUACCUGCCAAUUUACAUCCACAAAUUAAUCCUGAAUCAUUUAAAACUCAUAUAAAAUCUCAAGUUGAUGAGAUUAUGGAAAAUAGAAGAAGUCAAUCUGUAUCUCGAAAAUCUUCUCUUAGUUCUAGUUCAUUACCUGAAGAAGAUGAUGAACCUCAAGCAUCUCCUAAACGAGAAUCUUGGUAUAAUAAUCCUGCCAAUAAUUCUCGUAAUCGGUAUAGUAAUCCUUCUUUACGUGACUUAACUAAUGAAUUAUCAAAAUUAUCAAAACUUGCAGGAAUGGAUGCUACAGAUGCAGUAACUCUUGCUAGAACUUUAUCAUCAACUUCUUUAGGUUAUACCGAUGUAGAAAUCCUUGCCAUUGAUGAGUUAAGUUCUCCUCCCCAACAAAGGACUACCAAUAACAUUAAUAAUACUACUACUACUACUACUACUAAUAAUAAUAAUAGUACAACCACCAAUAUCAAAUCUCCUGAAAAUGUCAUGUAUGAUCCUCAUUCAGAUUCUGAUACUUCUCCUAUAAGGAAAGAUAAGAGUAAGUCUUCGCCCACUCGUAACAAUGAUUCAUUUGAUUUGAAACGAAGUAGAAGACCCGACUAUAAUUAUAAAAAGACUCCUCCAAUCCCUCCAACUCCCACAUCUCCAGUUGUGCCCAGUUCAGAGAGACUUCAAGCUUUAAGAAAUAAUAUUAGAGCCAUGUAUACUACUGGUUCAUUACCUCCAACUCAUCCUACAAAAUCAAGUCCUUCACCUCCACCUCCAGUUCCGGAGAAGUCAUCUACUCCAACUACAACUAGAAGGAAUUAUAGAGACUCUCAAUUAAUGUUUAGUUAUAUAGAUCCCACUACUUUAGCAUCUCAAUCUCAAUCUAAACAGAAAGCUGGUUCAUCUCCUUAUCCAACCAGUACAUCCACAUCUUCAAAGUCAUUAGAGAGUCAGAUCACCCAAAAGUUCAAUCAGCAACAUAACUUAACUGCCAAGAAACUCUCCCAACUCAAAUUACGAGCCACCAGUGGCUCUGGUCAUCCUCAGAAAGAACCAAGAACUCCUCAGAAUCAAAUAGUGUAUGAGGGAAGACAACCACAUCAACAACAGAACAGGUAUCGGAACUACUACAAGUCCACAGCUGGACCAAGACAGAGUUCCCAAGAGCAUAUGGACUACCAUCAACAUCGCCAACAACCACCACAGCAGCAACAGCAGCAGCAACAGCAGCAGCAACAGCAGCAGCAACAGCAGCAGCAACAGCAGCAGCAACAGCAGCAGCAACAGCAGCAGCAACAGCAGCAGCAACAGCAGCAGCAACAGCAGCAGCAACAGCAGCAGCAACAGCAGCAGCAGCAGCAACAGCAGCAACAUCAACUUCACCACCAAAGACAUGCGUACCCCAGCAUGCCAUCGCAACAGCAACCGUAUCCUAACCGGAAUUCUGCAUACCAGCAACAGCAGGCGCCACCACAUCCUCCACACCAAUCGCAACAGCACAGACAUCAUCAAAGGAGCUACCAGAGACAGAGCGAUGCAUACCACUACAACCAUCAACAACAACAACAGCAACAACAGCAGCAGCAACAACCACCACAACAGCUCCAAAAGCCGUAUCCCUCCCAAAGACCGCCUCUCGCUCAUCAACCGCAUGCUCAAGCAUACCCUCAACAACCCAAAUAUAAUGGGCCACCAGGUAUUCAGGAUAAGUCUCGACAAUUGAAUCAGAAUUUAGAUUUAUUACGAUCAGAAAUCAAUGAAUUCAAAGAGAGUCUUAAUCGAUCUGAAUCGACUGUAUCUACUGGUUCAAGCUCUACACAAACAUUGAUUGAUAAAGAAGAAGAACUGAAAGAUUCUGAAGCCAUUGAAUUCUCAUUUGAUACAUCUCUUCAAGACAUUAGUUAUGAAGAUUCUUUAGGAUUCGAACGACAACUAUUAGGAGAUAUUGAUAGAAUCACCCCUAAUGAAGAAGUUAAAUUGGAUACUCCUGAUCCAGUCACAUCUCCAACAAUAGCUCCAAUCUCCAGUAGUUCUCCAAGACAGAGUCCUAAGAAAUUUGCCGUAUUAGUUCCUGAAGUUAAUAACCCAUUUGUAGAAAGUCGGGAUUCUGCUUAUCCAUCUCCUAACAUCACUGAUAAUGAAGUAGUAUUUAGGAGAGAUAAGGAAAAGGAGAAAGAAAAAGAGAAAGAGGAAAUACCCAUUAGAGCACAUGUAGUUAAUCAUGGAGAAGUUUCAGAUGAGUCAAGUGCCGAAUCAUCGCCUACCAAGAAACUUAAAAAGAAGAAAUCAUUUGGAUUACUUGGAUCAUCCGAAGAUAAAGCAUCGGCCAAUAAGAUCAAGAAGAAGAAAUCUUGGGGUUGGUUAAGAGAUAGAUCUAAUAGUUUAUCCAAUUAUGAAUCAUCUAUUACCAAUAAGAAUAAUGGAAAUCUUCCAACUGUACUUGAAUCAUCAUCUAAAGUUCCAGCUCGAUCAUUUUCUAAUCCAGAAAUCUCUCCUAGAACGGCUAAUACUGAUGAUGAUUUCGAAGUAUCUGAUGAUGAAGUUGAUCUUGAUGAAGAUGAAGAUAUUAAUCUUCCAACCAAUUCAAUAAGUAGUAAUAAUUCAUGGAGUAAAUCUAAGAAGGAUAAAGAGAAUGUUAUCUCUAAAUUAUUUAAAAGAAAGAAGAUUCCUGAUCAGAAAGUCCCUCCUGCUCCUACAACCAAUAAUAAUUUACUGGAUUCUAGUUCAGGAGUUACUGUUGAUUAUGAAUCAGAUAAUGAUAAUAAAUUAAAGAAUCAACGAACUUUAUUUAAGAAGAAAGCAAAGAAACCAGUAGCCAAACAAGAAUAUGAAGAUAUGAUUAUUGAUACUGAUACUUACUUUAAGAAGGGUCACAACUCAACCAAAAAUGAUUCUGAUAGUUCUAGUUUACAAGAUGAAGAACCUGAAAUUAAAUUAAGGGACCCUUCACCUAUUGCUGUUAGUAUAGACAAAGAGAAAGUAUCAGAAAAGGAAUUAGAAUCAAUAAGUCUUGGGCCUCAAUCAGAAAGUAAACGAGAAGAACAACUUAUUGGAAAGGAAGAUAUAGAUAUAGAUAAAGAUAAAGAUAAAGAUGAUUUAAUUGAUAGUGAUUCAUCGGAUGAUAAGAAAGAUGAUGAAGAUGAUGAUAAACCUCCACUGUCUACAUUAGAAGUUCAAGAAAAACUUCGUAAAUCAAUUAAGAGAACUUCUAAAGCUAAUCAACCAAUUGUAUUUACUGAUUCAGCCUUUGGAUUCCCCUUGCCUCCUCCAUCUUUAUCUACUUUAGUAAUGUUAGAUUAUAGAUUCCCAGUUCAUGUUGAACGAGCCAUUUAUCGAUUAUCACAUUUAAAAUUGGCUAAUCCUAAACGUUCAUUACGUGAACAAGUUCUUUUAUCUAAUUUUAUGUAUGCUUACCUUAAUUUGGUAGAUCAUACAUUACAUUUAGAACAAAUGAAUAAUUCAGUAGAUGCAGAUCUUGAAGGAAAUUCAAAUUCCGAUUCUGAUCAAGAUACUAGUCCAGCAAAUAAAUCAGGUAGAAUUAUCUUUGAUGAGAGUAUAAUUCGAGAAGAUGAUGUUGAUGAGGAUCAUGCUAUUGAGAUAGAUCUUGAUGUAGCCAAAUUAGAAAACAUUCAGACUUCAAGUAUUGAAACUACUGUUUUAAUGAGAUUGACAAGAAUUAUUAAUUUCAAUGGUGCCAUUGCUGCAUUAAAGGAUUUCCCGAAUGAUGGGAUUGACCCCUUUAAGGUUAGCAGGGAAAGUAUACAAACGUAUGAGCAUUUGCAGGUAAAGUUAAAUGAAUAUCUACAAGAUCCAGAUGAAUCAGAGAUAGAAGAGCUCUUUAGAAAUUUUGGAAUUAACGAGGUUGUUAAACAGAGAAAUAUUCUGAAGGAGAUGGCGUUAAAAGUAUUACUUCGCCUACAUAAUUUUCAAUUAUUCAACAAAAUAGAAUUCAAUACUACUGAGGAUCUUAUAGAAAUAAUCAACAACUUUAAGUCUUCAUUGAAAUUACUAUUCUACAAAAUAGGUUAUCAUUCUAAUCAUGUCUUAGAAAGUUAUUUUUACUUCACUUCGAGUUUGUGCUUGCAGCCUCCUGUUGUCAAUCCAAUUAAUCCAAAAGACAAACCUUUAAAACCACCUGUGGAAAAUAUAUUGAAGUCAAGUGAAUAUGAAUCUGAUAGCGAAGAUGACCAAACCAAAGCAUUAACCAAAACUGAAAUGAAUAAAGAAAUAAGAAUUAACGAAUUGACAAAGAUCAUUGCCCUUUUCUUUCCAAAGAAUGAAAUCAAAGAAUUCUCAUUAGGUGAAACUUUUCAUUUCAAAAUUAAAAAAUCUCAAUUACUUUCUAUUCUGGAUACUUGCUUCCCUCAGAUAUUUGACUUAUCGGAUGAUAGCGAGAAGCAAGUUGAAAUGUCUGUCUGGUUGAAUUUGUUGAAUAUCCCAGUUAAAAUUUUUUCAUCAGUUUUUGAGAAAACCCUCAUUAAUCAAUCAAAGGCAGUGAGGAAAUCAAUUGAUACUGUACCAGUGUCAGUUACACCUGAUCUCCAAAUAUCUGCAGGGGCCUUCAAUAUUCCAGUUGAAGUUAAAAAGGGAUCAGUAUCAUCCUAUAUUGAUAACUUCUUCUCAGCAAAAUCAAUCGUUAAUGCUUUUGCUUAUCCUUUUGUCCAAAUUUUCUCACAGUGUAUUAGAGAAGCCUUAGUAACCGAGUCUCCAUAUGCGAUCUUGACAGAUCAUAGUUCAUUCUACUUGAUUGAUUUACUGGAAUACAACAUUGACAAGGAGUUCCAUGGCGAUAAUUUUUGCCGUCUAUUUAGAGGUAUUGAAUGUUCAAUACAAUCUAUUAAAGACAGUGAUAAUCAACUGCACUCAUUCUAUACUAUAUUAUUCAUGUUAUUAAUUAAACUCAGAGCUACACAAUCCCAAAAUCACUUGAUAAUGAAGAAAUUUGAAGAUGAAGCUAUUAUAUCUCAGCCAACAAGACUGACACUUAUAGUUCUCUUCUAUAAUGGAGUCAAUAAUUUCAACGACAGAUUUGUAAAGUCACUUAGUUUGCAAGAUACGGGAGUAUCAGACACUGAUGCUGAUACUUCAGCCUUAACUGAUGUGAGUGAAUUAUCAACAAAUAUAAGUAAUUACUCUCUGGACUUAAAAGAAGAUCAUCUGUUUGACAUGAAGUAUAUUUAUAAAUUCCAUCAACUAUAUAAAACGCCCAAAUGGAAAUCAUAUACCAUGUCCGAAUUCCAAAAUUGUUACACAUUCCAAUCUUCCGUGUCAGGAGCUGAAUUUAGUACCAGAUACAGCUGUACAUUUGUUGUAAAAGACAGCAAGGGUUCCAAAUACUUUUUAAAAGUAUUGGACCCUAUACGCUCAGCAAUAUUUGUUGAAAGGGGAAAUGUUGUUGAAGGUGCGUAUAAUUCUUCUUUUAAACACUUUCAUCGGGAAGUUAGUAGCUAUAUUAAUCUCAGUUCUAUUAAACUGGGUAUAUGCAAAAUCUUCUCGUAUGGUAUGUUAAAUAAUAGAGAAAUCACGACAUAUCAAGAAGUUCUUGAUGUAGAGAAUGGCAAGAUUCCUGUUUGUGGAUUCUAUAUUCUUUUAGAAUACCUAGAUGGAGCUGUUACUCUAGAUAUGUUUAGGGGAAAUAAAGUGAACGUUGGUAUGAAAGCUCGUGCAACUCUUCAAGAGAUGCAUGAGCUAGGAAUUUAUCAUCGCGACAUACAUCCCCAUAAUAUUUUAGUAUUAAAUGACACUCCAUAUUUUGUCGAUUUUGGACGCCUGAAGAAUGGUGAGAAACGGCUUAAGUGGGAUGGUAGAAAAAGGAGAGCUGAUGUUAAUAUUGCUCGUAGAUAUGUUGAAGAUGACGACCAAAAAAUCGAUAACAUUGAUUUGCAACGUUGUUUGGUAGAGUUUGAUUAUUGGUUCCCAAAAAUGAAUUUGAGGCAAUCAUCAUUAAUGGAUAAAAUGUAUGACAUGCCACUGAACAAAAAGAUGAAGAUGAGUGAAACAUCAAUGUAG